AUGAAGUUUGUUCUGUUAACGGCGUUCCUCGCCGUGGCCUCGGCGUCCAUCAUCAAAGAAGAUCACCACUUUAUGAUUGGCAAAGAAACUUUGGUCAAUUUGGAUGUAAAGAGCAAGGAGAUCUUGUGCAUGAAACUGCUGAACUACAUCCUGCAGCCGACUGUGUACGAUGACAUCAGAGAAGUCGCCAGGGACUGGGUCGUUGAAGACAACAUGGACAAGUAUCUGAAAGUCGAUGUAGUGAAGAGGUUUGUGGAAGUCUGGAAGAUGGGUUUCCUGCCCCGUGGCGAUGUGUUCGUACAUAGCAAUGACAAGCACAUGGAACAAGCCAUCGUUGUAUUCCGCAUGAUGUACUUUGCCAAGGACUUCGACACCUUCAUCAGGACUGCUUGCUUCCUCCGCGAACGCAUCAACGGCGGCAUGUUUGUGUACGCCUUUACCUGCGCAGUGUUCCACAGAGAAGAUUGCCGCGGAGUCAUUCUGCCAGCUCCAUAUGAAAUCUACCCCUAUUUUUUCGUCGACAGUCACGUCAUCAACAAGGCUUUCAUGUUGAAGUCCAGCAAGGCCGCCACUGAUCCCGUUCUCUUCGACUACUAUGGUAUUAAAGUCACUGAUAAAAACCUCGUAUUCAUCGACUGGCGCAAGGGUGUUCGUCACGUAAUGAGCGAAGAUGACCGCUUAAACUACUUCACUGAGGAUUUCGAUCUUAACACCUUCUUCUACUACUUGCACAUGAACUAUCCAUACUGGAUGGUGGACGAAGAAUACGGUUUAAACAAAGAACGUCGUGGUGAAGUCGCUAUGUUCGGUUACCAGCAGCUGCUUGCAAGGUACAGAUUGGAGCGUUUGAGCCAUGGUAUGUGUGAUAUCUCGAUGAUCAACUUUAAAAAUACAUUGAAUAAUGGCUACUGGCCCAAGAUCCGCAUGCACAACGGAGAGGAAAUGCCUGUCCGUAGCAACAAUGUUGAGAUUAUUAACAAAUUCAACAUUAAAGAAAAAACUUACAUUGAUGACAUUGAGACCAUCAUCCGAGAGAGUAUCAAUAAGGGGCGUUAUGAACGUCGCGACGGUACCGUUGUUAGCCUGAAAAAACCGGAAGACUUUGAAUACCUCGCCAGAAUGCUUCUUGGUGGAAUGGGCAUCGUGAAUGAUGACGCCAAGGUUAUCCACCUCGUGCACUUGUUCAGGAAGAUGUUAUCCUAUAGCACGUACAACUUUAACAAGUACACUUACAUCCCAACUGCUUUGGACAUGUACACCACUUGCCUACGAGACCCUCUGUUCUGGAGAAUCAUGAAGCGCAUCACUGAACAUGCUGUUCUCUUCAAGAAAUUCUUGCCGAUGUACACCAAGGAUGAGCUCGACUUCCCUGGAGUCAAAAUUGAACGUCUGACUACAGACAGGCUAGUCACUUUCAUGGACGAAUAUGACGUGGAUAUCACUAAUGCCCUUUACCUAGAUGAAUCAGAAAUUCACAAGAAAAAAUCUGACAUGACUUUCAUUGCCCGUACUCGCCGCCUUAAUAGCCAGCCAUUCAAGGUCACCAUCGAUGUCGUAUCUGAGAAGGCUGUUGAUGCAGUAGUAAGAAUUUUCAUUGGACCUAAAUUCGACUGUAUGGGUCGUAUGCUCAACGUUAACGACAAACGUCUUGAUAUGUUAGAAAUCGAUAGCUUCUUAUAUAAACUUGAUACCGGAAAGAACACCAUUGUCCGUGAUUCCAGUGAAAUGCACGACGUUAUUGGAGACAGGCCAUGGACUCGUCGCUUCAUGGACUCUAUUGGUGAUAUGACUGUAGGUGUUGACAAAAUUGUGGACAGCUACUGGUACAAGCAACGUCUGGGUAUUCCCCGUAGACUGUUGCUGCCUCUUGGUCGUCGCGGUGGACUGCCUCUUCAGAUGUACGUUAUUGUUACACCUGUACGCAAUGGUCUCGUGCUGCCUAACAUCGACAUGAAAGUCAUGAGAGAGCGUCACACUUGCCGCUUCUCAGUCUGCUUUGACACCAUGCCGCUUGGUUUCCCAUUCGACAGAGAGAUCGACAUAACUCGCUUCUACACCAACAACAUGAAAUUCCUCGACAUCUUCGUGUACAGGAAGGAUGUCGAUAUCUCCAACAAUGUCAAAGAUGUCGACAUGUCUGACAUGGUCAUGAAAUAUGACGAUCUCACUUAUUUGGACACAGACAAACUAGUGCGAUGGUCAUACAAAGAUGUUAUGAUGACGAGCGCCGACAAAAUGAUGAGAUUU